GUCAAAUCCCUCAAGUGGCAACGGGCAGGCAUUGAACUAUAUAACUAACGUAACUGGAAAGGUCGCGGCAAUGCUUUCACAUAUCGAUUUUUGAGGCGCAUUUGUCAUAGAGUGAGAGGGAUAAUAAAAGGGGUUGUUGUCUUUGUCGCACUUGCACAGAUAUGCGAGUAAUGGCGAUGGUGUUUACUGUGUUUGGAUUUCAUUGACGAAUUUUAGCAAUUUAAGAGUUUGUUUACCUGAUUUAGGAUUAUCAGUGACCGGAAACGUGUGUUAUAAAUACAUUUUAAGAUUUGCUUUAAAACAUUUUGUAGUUUUGUGCUAUAAAUCGAGUGAAGUUGAAGUGUAGUUGAACUCUGAAAAAACUUUUUAAAUCUGUGAGUUGUUGGUUUAUAAGAAUAAAUUGCGAUGGUCAAUUUUUGUGCUGCAUAUGGUUGCAGUAAUGAAUAUAACCCGCAGAAGCCAAUUUCUUUUUUUGGGUUUCCAUUUAGGCGUCAGGCGCCCUGAAAUCCUUAAUCUCUGGAUAAAAGCCAUUCGACGAGAAAAGUGGAAGCCUUCAAAAUCAAGCAAACUGUAUUCGGAGCACUUUGUGCCAUCUGAUUUUCUGAUUAGAUUGGGAUCAAACAAAAAAGUACUCAAACCAGAUGCAGUUCCAAGUAUUUUUUCCUUUCCCAAACAUUUGCAAAAGAAAAGUGUCGUGCAACGAAGGGACUUAAUCGGGAAGAUAGUAUAUAGUGCCGAACCCAUGGACAUUGAUCAGGCUGAAAUAGAAUGUAGUCAACCGGAGAUUCAGCCAUCAACUUCAACCACUUCUGCUAAAACAUUUGCUGAUCGUAAAGUUCAAUGUUCACUAUUAAAACCAAGAAGCCGUGUAAAGUUACGCAGACAAAUAAAGACUUUAAAGCAGAAGAUAAAAAGAAAUGAAGCUAGUGUAAGGCAAAAAUUGACUAAAUUAAUAUUAUUUAAAAAUUGUUAAUCUUUGUACUUUUAGUAGUAAAUAAAAAUGUAAUUUUAUAUUUGUA